AUGGAUCAAGUCGAUUUCAACGCUCCUCAUUCCAUGGGAACGACCAUCAUCGGCGUUACCUACAACGGCGGAGUCGUUCUUGGAGCCGAUUCUCGAACCAGCACUGGAGUUUAUGUUGCCAAUCGUGCAUCUGAUAAAAUCACACAGCUCACUGACAAUGUCUACGUCUGUCGUUCUGGAUCGGCUGCAGAUUCUCAGGUUGUCUCUGACUAUGUGCGCUACUUCCUCCAUCAGCACACGAUUCAGCUCGGCCAACCUGCCACAGUCAAGGUUGCUGCCAACCUUGUUCGGCUUCUUGCAUAUAACAACAAGAAUAAUUUGCAAACCGGGUUAAUUGUCGGUGGCUGGGACAAGUACGAAGGUGGUCAAAUUUAUGGAGUCCCUCUAGGUGGAACAAUUGUGCAACAACCGUUUUCUAUUGGAGGAUCUGGGUCCAGUUACUUGUAUGGAUUUUUCGAUCAAGCUUGGAAAGAGGGAAUGACCAAGGACGAGGCUGAGGAACUAGUGAAAAAGGCAGUUUCACUUGCCAUCGCUCGUGACGGUGCUAGUGGUGGAGUUGUCAGAACUGUCAUUAUUAACUCAGAGGGAGUGACUAGGAAUUUCUACCCAGGCGAUCAACUUCCAAUAUGGCAUGACGAACUUGAGGCUCAUGACUCACUGCUAGACAUAAUUGGUGCCCCAGAGCCAAUGACCACAUGA